AUGCUUUCGGGAGAUCUUCCAGAGCUAGUUCGUCACUUUUUCUUCUCUGCAAAACUGAUCGCCCUAGAAAAGAAAGGAGGGGGUGUUCGACCCAUUGCAGUUGGAUCUGUCUUCCGUCGGCUAGCCUCAAAGAUGGCAUGCAGGGCUGUUAUCCCAACAUUAACUCCGCUAAUGUGCCCUAUUCAACUUGGAGUUGGUACCCCAGGAGGUUGUGAAGCAGCAAUACACGGAAUCCGUGCAUUCAACCACGUAAACAACAAUACCCCCCAUAUUAUUGUUAAAUUGGACAUCCGUAAUGCAUUUAACACCAUUCUCCGCGACUCUAUAUUGGAGAACUGUCUUGAAUUCUGUCCCGAAAUAUACAACUAUAUACUCAGCUCAUAUGCGAAACCAUCCACCCUCGUCCAUGGCCCUUACCAUAUUUCCUCGUCCUCGGGGGUUCAACAAGGAGACCCAUUGGGUCCUGUGCUCUUUUGCCUUGGAAUUAAUCACAUUGUUAAGAACUGCUCAACCCCGCUGAAUGUUUGGUACCUUGAUGACUGCACCCUCGGAGGUCAUCCCGAAACUGUCUUAAAGACGCUCGUUGACCUUAUUCCGAGACUUGAAUUCGUUGGUCUUAUACUGAACACUUCAAAAAGUGAAAUCAUUAAUUUUGGGUUCAGUCGUGAUGAAUUCGAGGUUAUUGUUUCCUCUUUCAUUGAGAUAAUUCCCGGAGCGUCCAUCACGCCUAGUAUCAGUCUGGAGAUAUUAGGCUGCCCAUUGACAGAUGGUGGAAUCAAGGACGCUCUUGAAACUAAGGAAAUGCUACUGGAAAAAACUUUUGUUCGUCUUAAUUUGUUGGACUCACAUACAGCCUUCUUCCUGCUCAAAAAUGCCCUUGGCAUCCAAAAAUUAAAUCAUGUGCUACGGGGGUCACCCUGCUUCUUAGAAAAUGAUCAACUUCAUUCUAUCAAUGUCCUUUUCCGGAAAACAACUGAACGCAUCAUAAAAAUCAAAUUCGACGAUCAAGGCUGGAAACAAGCUUCCCUUCCUGUCUCCUUUGGAGGUCUUGGCAUCCGAAAUCCUACCGAUGUGUCCCGCCCCGCAUUCCUGUCUUCACUGUACAGCAGUCAAACUCUGGUUCAGAAGAUUCUCCAUCUCCUCCCCGAAUCUUCAUUACCUAAGAUGACUGCCUACUUUGACAGUUGGAGCGCAAAAGAAUCGAAGCUGCCGUCGGACUUCUGCUCACAGAAGAGUUAUGACAAGAUUGUGUGCGAAGGUCGGUUUGUGAGUCUCCUAAAGACAUCGAAUCAACACCGUAGAGCAUGCUUGCUUGCCGGGAGGUCCACGGGGAGUGGAGAAUGGUUGGAAGCCUUCCCGAUCGGAAGCUUGGGGACUCUCUUGGAUCCUGACACACUGCGAGUCGGUGUCGGUCUACGUAUCGGUCUCAAAGUUUGUGAACCACACAAAUGCCGCUGUGGUGCAUCGAUUGAUCAAUUUGGACUCCACCCUCUCUCCUGUCGAGAAAGCGCUGGUAGAUUCCCGAGGCAUUCAGCUCUCAACGACGUUAUAAGAAGAGCUCUCGAUUCAAUCGGAUUCCCAUCAGUGCUGGAACCACCUGGAUUGGACCGAGGAGAUGGAAAACGCCCAGACGGGAUGACUAUCUUUCCGUUUUUGGAAGGAAAGCCUCUCGUAUGGGAUUCAACAUGUUCCGACUCCUUGUCCAAGACAAAUAUGUUGGAAAGUGCCUGCAAUGCUGGCACAGCUGCGGAUAGAAGAGGAAAUAUGAUGGGCUCACCGAUCGUUUCGUUUUCCGGCCGGUUGCUCUCGAAACCCUGGGAUCGAUUGGGAAGGAGUCGUUGCGCUUCCUCAGGUGUAUUGGACGUCUCAAGACCCUGA